AUGGAUCCGGCUUCAUUUGCCCUUUCCGUCGCUUCCAUGGUGCAGUUAUGUAUUCAUCUCGGAAAGGACUUGUACGCACGCUGCGAAGCAUACCGUUCAGCCGAGCGGGAAUUGCAAGAAGCUAAUCUAAGAAUCCAGGGUCAUUGGAUCAAGAUUGAGCAACAAUUAUCCGCACUUCAAGCUGUAUGGGAGGCCCUCCCAAAUGCUUUGCAGAUCCACCAAUAUCAGGUGCUCCAAGUCCUCCGCAGCAAGCUCAAGGCCGCAGUCAAGAGCGUUCAGAGUCUGACUGCGAACUCAGGAGCUGAGGGUCUUUUCGAUGAGCGGAUCGACUCUUCCGUGGCUCGGAUUCUAUUGAAGGUUUCACGCACCAAACGGGUCAAAUACGCCGUCUACGCCAAGGAAUCCCUCGAACACAUUGUCGAAGAAUUGGAGCAAUGGCAGAGAACAUUCGAUCCAUCCUGGUUCUUCUUAAGUCGUCUGGCCGUCCAGACAAUUGAUCAAGAGUUCAGUGGGAAGAGGGCUGCGGAGAGCAAGGCCGUUUCGACAGUGGUAAAUCUGCGUGAAGCCCAUCGAAUUUACGACGGGGAGAGCUCCGCUUCGAUCUUCCUGGGGAAGGAUUUCGCCAUCGGACGUUACACGGCGAUUACCUCGUCUUCUUCAUGGCUCGCUCGCACCGAUGAAGGUGUGGUAGUUGUCGACCGCAUCCCGAUCAGGCGACAAAACGAUCUUCGUCACCGCACCAAGGACGUUCGAGAUCUAGCACGCAUCCUUUCCAAAGUCGAUCCGGAUACAUUUGGCCUUCUGUCCUGCCGUGGCGUACUCAGGACGGAAAAGACCUUCGAUCUUUUUUUUUCUAUCCCACAAAGUCAGCAGCAAGAUCCCAUUGCUAGUCUCCGCUAUAUUCUGUCGAAACGUGCUGAGCGCAGCUAUACUCUGAACGAGCGUGUGAAAUUGGCAAAUUCCCUGGCUCGAUCGGUCGUGUUCUUACACUCGUCGUCAUUUGUUCAUAAAAGCAUUACCCCGGAGAAUAUCAUCCUUUGUAUAUCGCAUUCAGACCGUCUGGGUACGCCUUUUCUGGUUGGCUUCGAUCAGUUCCGACUGGCGGAAGGUCCGACCUAUUUGAGUGGCGACAAGGCUUGGGAGAGGAACCUUUACCGUCACCCACGACGCCAGGGAAUACACCCCGAAGAUGAAUAUAUCAUGCAGCAUGAUGUAUACAGCCUUGGGGUUUGUUUGUUGGAGAUUGGACUCUGGACUUCCUUCGUCGAGUACUCGGGAGAUUACGGCCAGCCUAUUCCAGGACCCUCAAUAUCAAUUGAGAAGCUCAUUGCAGAAAGGGAUCAACGACGAGCGGCCUACGAGAUCAAGAAAAUGCUCGUUAACCUGGCCGAAACCAAAUUGCCAUGUCUGAUGGGAAACAUCUUCACUGAGGUUGUCGUGUCAUGUCUGACAUGUCUCGAUAAGAACAACGAGCUAUUCGGAGAUGAAGAAGAAUUCCUGGAUGAUGAUGGAAUUCUUGUUGGUGUUCGCUAUAUAGAGAAGGUAUGUUGCUUUACGCUUGGCACGUGGUGGGGCUAA